UAUAACCUAUAACCUCCUCUCGCUAUUAUUAUUACUUGUCUUUGUUCUGUGCCAUCACCAGCCAUCAUGGGUCUUCCGAUUCCCAGACUUCGCCGUCGCGGUCGCGUGCGUCAAUAUCCACCUACUCACUGGAGGACGAUAUACAAACUUAUCUGCGGGAUCAUGUCGAUCAACAAAAUGAAACCUGUACUGCUACGUCGGGGAACCCUCUAUGGAAAGAAUCUUCUCAACAUCUGCGAAAAAGAGCUCGCUCUAAACUUCCCAGGCGACGUAUGUGGGAACAGUCUUCUGAAGACCUGCAAAAAAGAGCUCGCUCCAAAUCUCCCAGGUGACAAGUAUCAAGAAGACGAGUACGGCUUUCUGAUAAUACGAGAAAGAAUAACAGCUCAUCUAAACUACCAUAUGCUGUUUAUGUACUGUCAAAGACGACUGCACCACCUCUUCGACUUUGUCUUCUACCAUCGCUACAACAUAUAUCAGUCGGACCCCGAGGUUGUCAGUCAAUAUCAGCAUUGGGAUCUACGCACGCCAAUUGUGUCAAAGAAUGACAUCAAGCGUCGUGUCCAUUACCGUGCUAUAUAUGCCGUAAAUGAUGAAUAUACAUGGAUUAACUACUUUAUAUCCAAUUCCUGGUCCCAGAUAUACAAAGAUCUUUGCGGCGAGACUUUCAACAACCGCAGACCAUUGACCAGAUUCAUGAAUAGUCUACACCAACACAAGGGCGUAUUCCAAUGGCAAAACGUAUUGGCAGGGAUGUCCUAUAUCUCGGAUGGGCCUCCGUGGCCUAACCGCGUGCUGCCCCAUCUAAUCCAAAGCGGAGAUUGGCAGACAAUGCUCAAGAUUCUUGAAGUUGAUCUUCGGUACUGCAAGUACUGGGCUGAUCGCAGGCUUUUGGGCUAUGACAACACACGGCGGCGUAUUGAGCACCUCUAUUCCAGAUGCAAGGCUUCAGUCGCAAGGGAAAACAGAAUUGCGGCCUACUCCAAGAGUAAAUCUAGCGCUGGGUUGAAGCCGGAUUCUGAAUCUGAGUUAAACAUCGACGCGGAUCCUGAAUCGGAGUUAAACAUUGACGUUAAGCUCACAGUGGAGAAUGACAAAGAAACCCAGUGCUGAGGCUAAAAUUCAACUCAUACAAAAAAAAGACUGACGCCAUCAAGGCUAAACGAGCCGCCACCAAGCUACCCAGCAAAUGCAAAUGCGAGCGAAUCGCAAUGCUGCUACCUUGGCC